AUGGGUCUCGAGGGUGAUGAGGAGUCGGGGAUAAUCCGCGACGGCGGCGGGUUAUCUACGUGGAGGUACAACUCUUCCUUGGUUCAGGUGAUUCUGAUGGGGAUGGUGUGCUUCUGCACCAUCGGCAUGAUCAGGGCGAUCUCCGGGAUGGGCGGAGGAGGGCAGGUGGACCCCACCGCGGCCAACAACGCCAACACGGCGCUCUACGCCACGUUCUCCGUCGCCGGGGUGCUGAGCGGCGGGCUGUACAACGUGCUGGGCCCCCGCGUCAUGCUUCCGUUGGCGUGCUCGAGUUGCUUGCUGUUCACGGGAUCGUUUCUUUACUAUAAUCACUUUCAGAGUCAGGUUUUCUUGGUUGUCGCCGGGGUGGUAGGAGGUGUCGGUGCGGGGAUGUUGUGGGCGGUGCAGGGAGCGGUCAUGACUUCUUACCCGCCGCCGCACCGGAAAGGGAUGUACAUUUCGCUGUUCUGGGUUAUUUUUAGCUCCGGCGGGGUGGUCGGUGGGAUGAUUCCUUUCUUCCUCAAUUUUCACCGCCAGGUGGAUUCCGUCAACGAUGCGACGUACAUUGGUUUCAUGUGCUUCAUGGCGGCAGGUAUUUGA